CGGUCCACGCCUCGCGAGAGCACCCCGCACCAAGGCGCGGCGAGGCGGCGAGGCGACUAGGCGAGCAGGCGAGACAGGUAGCGGCUGCGCCUGCCUCCGCCCACCGAACCCCACCACCAACACCACCACCACCACCGAGGCGGAGGCGGACGGCGCGCGGGCCGGCACGGCACAGUCCCUUGCCUUCCAAUUCGGUCGUUCCACGCAUCGAUUGCGCCCGCCCCAGUCGCUUUGCCGUCUCCGCCCGCCCGCGCGCAAGCAACCUAUAUAGCGCGCCGCGAAUCCCGCCCGGCCGGCUUCCUCGUCGUCGUCCUGCCGCUGUGGGAGUGACUGGGGGUCGAUGGAUCUGAAGGACGGCGAGCGGAGGGGCGCGGCGGGGCCGGGCCCGCUGUCGAGGCAGGGGUCGAUCUACUCGCUCACGUUCGACGAGUUCCAGAGCACGCUCGGCGGGAUGGGGGGAGGGCUCGGCAAGGACUUCGGCUCCAUGAACAUGGACGAGCUGCUGCGGAGCAUCUGGACCGCCGAGGAGAGCCAGGCCAUGGCGUUGGCCUCCGCCUCGGCCUCCGCGGCGGGGGCGGCCGGCGAGGACGGCGCCGCGCUGCAAAGGCAGGGCUCCCUCACCCUGCCGCGCACGCUCAGCGUCAAGACGGUGGACGAGGUCUGGCGGGACUUCGUCCGGGAGGGCCCGCCGCCGGGGACGGCCGGCGGGGCCGAGCCGCAGCCCAGCCGGCAGCCGACCCUCGGGGAGAUGACGCUGGAGGAGUUCCUAGUCAGGGCCGGCGUCGUCCGGGACAACCCCGCCGCCGCGGCCAUGGCGGCGGCGGUCCCCGCGCAGCCGGUGGCUCCGCGGCCGAUUCAGGCGGUCAGCAAUGGCGCCUCCAUCUUUUUCGGCAACUUCGGGGCCGCCAAUGACGCCGGGGCGGGCGCGAUGGGGUUUGCGCCGGUGCGGAUCGAGGAUCAGGGCAUGGGCAACGGGCUCAUGCCUGGGGUGGCGGGGAUGCCGAGUGCUGCCGUCACUGUGAGCCCGGUGGAUACGUCGGUGGCCCAGCUGGACUCCGUGGGCAAGGGGAACGGGGACCUGUCCUCGCCCAUGGCGCCGGUGCCGUACCCAUUUGAGGGAGUGAUAAGGGGGAGGAGGAGCGGUGCGGGUGUGGAGAAAGUGGUGGAGCGGCGGCAGAGGAGGAUGAUCAAGAAUAGGGAGUCUGCAGCUAGAUCCCGUGCCCGGAAGCAGGCAUAUACCAUGGAGUUGGAAGCUGAAGUUCAGAAACUCAAGGAACUGAACGCAGAAUUGCAGAAGAAGCAGGAAGAAAUUAUGGAAAUGCAGAAAAAUCAGAGACCGUUUGGCCGGGCUUCGGAGGGCUCCGGCUCCUCCUGACAGCAGCACUGUGCUGUCAGAGGAGCCGGAGUUGUGGCUCCACCGGCUCCUCGUCCGUCUGUGAGAGGGAGGGGGAGGAGAGAGGAAACCGGUUCCAGUGAACAGUGUCGCUACAGUGUUUUGCCAGGAGGAGCCGGCCGGAGCUCUCCCAAAUGGGCUCUUAGGAGGUACUGACCACAGGAACCGACGUGUCAGGCAUAUGUGGUUCUGCUAGCUUUAGGAUGGCUGACUUGUGUGCCUGACAUACCAGCUCAUGCCAGUCCUGGAAGUGGUCAGCAAUCCAUAUGCACAGAAGAAACGCUGCCUGCGAAGAACAUUGACAGGUCCCUGGUAACUGAGUUCGUGAUGAUCGGACUUGACAAAAUAUUUAACAUCAUGGUACUUGUACAUAUCGUCAGGAUUUGGUGAGCCCAAAUUUCUGUUGUAUAUUAGUGAUCGACAGAGUCGAGUGUACCAGUGCUUAACUUUCUUAUCCUGUCACUAUGCCUCCUUGAGUCUGUCGGCUUUAUUGCGUUUCUGUGCCCUCAUGCUCCUUA